UUGUCUUCCAAGAAACACAUUGAUUACACCACACACUAUAAAUACUCCUCUUCUCUCAUUCAUCUCUUCACAACAACAACAACAACAACACACUAAAAUCUUCUACAACUUAACACACACAAUCACUCACUUUUUCUCCUAAUUAAUCAUUCAUCAAUCAUCAUGGACACAAGGAUCGGAUCUCUUGACACAUGCAACCCCACAAGCAACGACGUGGGGUCUCUACCCAACGGCACCGCCGUCUCCGCCAUCCAAAACACUGCCCCCUUGCCGCUGGUGACCCCCUCCGAGGCCACACUAGGCCGCCAUCUAGCACGGCGGCUAGUGCAAGUUGGAGUCACCGACGUGUUCUCUGUCCCCGGUGACUUCAACCUGACGCUGCUGGACCACCUCAUCGCGGAGCCGGAGCUGAAGGUGGUCGGGUGCUGCAAUGAGUUGAACGCCGGGUACGCCGCCGAUGGGUAUGCAAGGUCUCGUGGUGUUGGGGCGUGCGUGGUGACGUUCACUGUUGGGGGGCUGAGUGUGAUUAAUGCAAUUGCAGGGGCUUAUAGUGAGAACUUGCCUUUGAUUUGCAUUGUUGGUGGUCCCAACUCGAAUGACUUUGGUACUAACAGGAUUCUUCAUCAUACUAUUGGGUUGCCUGAUUUCAGCCAGGAACUUAGGUGCUUCCAAACAGUUACUUGCUACCAGGCUGUGGUCAAUAACCUGGAAGAUGCUCAUGAAAUGAUUGAUAGUGCAAUCUCAACUGCACUGAAAGAAAGCAAGCCUGUCUAUAUAAGCAUAAGUUGCAACUUGCCUGGCAUUCCUCACCCCACUUUCAGUCGUGAUCCUGUCCCAUUUUCUAUAUCUCCAAGAUUGAGUAAUCAGAUGGGGUUAGAGGCAGCAGUGGAGGCAGCAGCUGAGUUUCUGAACAAGGCAGUGAAACCAGUGCUAGUUGGUGGUCCUAAACUGAGAGUGGCUAAGGCCAGUGAUGCUUUUGUUGAGCUUGCUGAUGCAUGUGGCUAUGCGUUUGCAGUAAUGCCAUCAGCUAAAGGACUAGUCCCUGAGCACCACCCUCACUUCAUUGGAACAUAUUGGGGAGCUGUGAGCACUGCUUUCUGUGCUGAGAUUGUGGAGUCUGCUGAUGCAUACCUCUUUGCUGGACCCAUUUUCAAUGACUACAGCUCUGUUGGGUACUCACUUCUCCUCAAGAAGGAGAAGGCUAUCAUUGUGCAGCCUGACCGCGUUGUGAUCGGAAAUGGACCUGCAUUCGGGUGUGUUCUGAUGAAGGAUUUCCUCAAGGCGCUUGCGAAGCGCCUCAAGAAGAACAACACUUCUUAUGAGAACUACUUUAGGAUAUUUGUUCCUGAUGGCCUGCCUGUGAAGUCUGAACCCAGAGAGCCUUUAAGGGUUAAUAUUCUGUUUCAACAUAUACAGAACAUGAUGUCUGGUGAAACUGCUGUGAUUGCUGAGACAGGGGACUCAUGGUUUAACUGCCAGAAGCUGAAGCUGCCAAAAGGGUGUGGUUAUGAGUUCCAAAUGCAAUAUGGGUCAAUUGGAUGGUCUGUUGGAGCAACUCUUGGAUAUGCUCAGGCUGUCCCAGAGAAGCGAGUAAUUGCUUGCAUUGGUGAUGGCAGCUUUCAGGUGACAGCACAGGAUGUGUCCACAAUGCUGAGAUGUGGGCAGAAGAACAUCAUCUUCCUGAUAAACAAUGGUGGAUACACCAUUGAAGUUGAAAUCCAUGAUGGGCCAUACAAUGUGAUCAAGAACUGGAAUUACACUGGCUUAGUUGAUGCAAUCCACAAUGGUGAAGGAAAAUGCUGGACCACUAAGGUUACUUGUGAAGAGGAGCUUGUUGAAGCAAUUGAGACAGCAACAGGAGCUAAGAAGGAUAGCUUGUGCUUCAUUGAGGUGAUUGUUCACAAGGAUGAUACCAGCAAAGAGUUGCUUGAAUGGGGUUCCAGGGUCUGUUCAGCUAAUGGCCGUUCUCCCAAUCCUCAGUGAACUAAAGCCAUUACAACAACGUAGGGAAUGGAGUUUUGCACAAUUGGCACGAGUUUUUCCAAAAAAGAAGUUUCUAGUGAAACUCAUUCAUUUAAGAUUCUUAUGUAAUGAGGAGAAUUUUCUAUGAUUAAUUUUUUCUUUUUGACAGAAGAAUUUUCUUUGGUUAAUUCUUGGGCAUUUAUUAAAAUGUUUGAAUGAGUGCUUCCAAUUA